CGUAGCGCUUUCUCAUUGGUCCAAAAAUAUGGAAUCAGAUGACGUAGUAGUUCCGGGUUCCUAGGGCCCGAGAAGGUAACUCUCGGUCAUUUCUGGGUAGACACACGACUGACCGGGUUUUCCGUCGCUGAAGGUGGGACGGUGGACUAAAUAUUUUCAUUCUACAGUUGUGGGAUUGCUAAGUGUCUACUACUAGGCUUUUUUCUCUUUCUGAGGCAAUCGUCCUUACACACUUCAUCUUUCGGACCAGGACAUUAUUUGAAACCAGUCUGACCACCACUGCUGCUCAGUUCACUUCCAGAGAACACCAUGGGUCUCCAGUCAGACACUAUCCUCCAAUCUAUCCUCCUCUUUCCAAUCCACCUUCUGGUAUGGCUGUACUCCGUCCUGACCUUCCUGCCCUGGUACUACAUCACUGGUGCCGGCCAGAGAAAAGCUCUGUCCAAGCGGGUAAAGGCCCGUUCCACUUCAGGCCAUGCAGAGGGACCGUACCGCUCCGUGGACCACUUUGAUUCUCUGGCUAGGGAGGACUUCCCAGGCAAGGACACACUAGAUAAACUGUUCGAGCAUGCUGUGCAGCGUUUUGGACAAGCACAUUGUCUAGGCACCCGAGAUGUACUGAGCAAAGAAAAUGAGAUUCAACCCAGCGGUAAAGUAUUUAAAAAGCUGAUCCUGGGAGAGUAUAGAUGGCUUUCCUACAAUGAUCUUGACACUAUAGCCAGUGAGUUUGGCAGUGGAUUGGCAGCCCUGGGGCAGCAGCCCAAAAGCAGUAUUGCAAUCUUUUGUGAAACCAGAGCGGAGUGGAUGAUCACUGCCCAGGCUUGCUUCAGGCGCAAUUUCCCAUUGGUGACAUUCUAUGCCACUCUGGGUGAGGAGGCAAUUGCAUAUGGACUGAACGAGAUCGGAGUUACACAUCUAGUUACCAGCGUGGAGCUGAUUGAGACCAAACUGAAAAAUGUGCUUUUACAGAUCCCAAAACUGAAGCAUGUGAUCUACGUGGACCAGAAGAAAGUGAGCACAGAAGGCUACCCAGCAGGACUAUCCUUCCACAGCAUGCAGGCUGUACGAGAGCUGGGCGCUCUGCCUGAGAAUAUGAGCAGGGCAAUUGUGAAGCCCCAGCCCUCUGAUCUGGCUGUGGUAAUGUACACCAGUGGCUCUACAGGCAGACCCAAAGGAGUCAUGAUUGUCCACAGUAACAUAAUUGCAGGAAUGACUGGCCAGUGUGAACGCAUCCCUGGACUCGGGCCUAAUGAUACUUACAUAGCCUAUCUGCCCCUGGCUCAUGUUCUGGAAAUGACAGCUGAAAUCUCCUGUAUCACAUAUGGCUGUCGCAUCGGCUACUCAUCCCCCCAGACACUCUCAGACCAGUCCACUAAGAUAAAGAAGGGAAGUAAAGGAGACUGCUCUGUGCUCAGACCCACCCUGAUGGCAGCUGUGCCUGAAAUUAUGGACCGCAUCAACAAGAAUGUGAUGAGCAAAGUGCAGGAAAUGGGUUUCAUUCAGAAGAAGCUGUUUACACUGGGCUACAAAUAUAAACUAGAGCAGAUUAAGAGAGGCUAUGACGCACCACUCUGCAAUGCCCUGUUGUUCCGGAAAGUGAAGAAACUGCUGGGGGGGCGGGUGAGGAUGAUGCUGUCUGGAGGAGCUCCCCUGUCCGCAGCCACUCAGAGAUUUAUGAAUGUAUGUUUCUGUUGUCCAGUGGGCCAGGGCUAUGGCCUCACUGAAACCUGUGGAGCAGGCACCAUCACAGAGGUUGCAGACAUCAGCACUGGCCGUGUUGGAGCUCCGCUUCUGUGCUGUGAGAUCAGACUUAGGGAUUGGGCUGAAGGUGGCUACACGAGCAAAGACAAACCAAACCCAAGGGGAGAAAUCCUGAUUGGCGGUCCCAAUGUAACCAUGGGUUACUACAGGAAUGAAAGCAAGAAUCAGGACUUUUUUGCGGAUGAAAAUGGUCAGAGAUGGUUCUGCACCGGAGAUGUUGGAGAGAUUUACCCUGAUGGCUGUCUACAAAUAGUGGACCGAAAGAAAGACUUGGUCAAACUGCAGGCCGGGGAGUAUGUGUCCCUCGGUAAGGUAGAGUCUGCUCUGAAAACCUGCUCUCUUAUAGACAACAUCUGCGCAUACGCAAACAGUGAACAGAACUACGUGAUCAGCUUUGUGGUUCCCAAUCAGAAAAGGUUGACAGAAAUGGCCAAACAGAGAGGCAUAGUGGGAGCAUUGGAGGAGAUCUGCACUCACCCCGACAUGGAAAGAGAGGUUCUGAAGGAGAUCAAGGAGGUCGCUGUUAACCUUAAACUUCAGCGAUUCGAGAUCCCAGUGAAGGUGCAUCUGAGUCCAGAGCCGUGGACCCCCGAGACAGGUCUCGUCACAGAUGCGUUCAAGCUGAAGAGGAAAGAGCUGAAGAACCACUAUCUCCACCACAUAGAGAGAAUGUAUGGGGGAAAAUAACUUUGCCAGUUUCACCAACGAGUUCCCGUUCUCACCAUAACCACUGUUUUCGUCUGUAAAUAAUCUUCCCGGUACCCAAUUGGAUUUUCAUGCUGUUGUGAACCACAGGUCCAAAUGAAAAUGUCUUGAGCAAAAAAAGCUGAGGCUGUAGAUAGUUGUAGCUGUUGUUCCAUAUGUGCUGCUUUUUAUUCUUGUGUGUAGAGGUUUCGAUUGUCAAAGAGGUGCACUCAAAUGGCAACUCUCAUUCAAUGAAAAGGUCAGAGACCAUUACAGCACUCCACUGCCAUCCACUUCAAUCUGUUGCCACUCAGUUUGUAGCUGAUAAAAAAAGUACCACUGUCCUUCAUAUGUUGCUGAUGCUUUGUUGUAACUUCCAUUGAAAAUAUUAACUGUUCAUCAUGGAGGCUUGUAAUGCUCUUUUGUAAAGUUGGAGUGCUGAUGUUACUGUGCCUUCAGUCUGCAGUACUUGUGUAGUCAAGCAGAAGUUAAGUGACAUCUAGAUCAAAAAACAUAGUUUACGCUUUUGUUACAAAAAUGGCUAAAUUGCCAUGUAAAGUUUACUUGAGGCUUUAGGCAAAAUAUCCCCAUCCCGAGAUACACCGACAUGGAUCAUAAAGAGAAAAAGUUACACAUGAUCAUGUCAGCUUAUUCUUUUUUUUCUCCCGACUUGAUGUUUUAUUUAUGAGUUUUUGUCAAUUUAUUCAGAAAGUAAGACCAAAAUGUAUAAACAUAAAUGACUCAGGAAGAUAAGCACAUGUUUUAAUAUAUGAAAUUGUCAAGUAGUGGGUUGCUCGUAUAGAAAGUACUUCUGUCAAAAUUCGUGUUGGCACCUUAUUUAUUUAAGAGCAAGCAUGCUUAACUACUAAUACAAUGCUCAUUAGCAUUAGCUAGUCCGAACUGGCAUACUGUGCAUAUUUUACCUCAGUUAACAGGUUAAUGUACAAUUUGGUAUCAAAGUUAUCUGAAGUUAAGUCUGUUCAUUUUAAUAGGAGUGUUUUCUAUGUAUUUUUCGAAGUGUUGUGUUGAUGGAUAUGAAACAUUAAAACUUUAAAGGACGCAAACGAUGAGUCACUUUACAGUUGGUUGUUUAGUGAUCCUAUUUGUAUUUAUUACGCCAUCAUUAUGAGCACUUGCCUUGUUCAACAUUUUUGAGAAUAAAAAUUGUAUUUCCUA